AUGCCUCCAUCUGUGCUUUCCCCGGCCACCGCGCUGGCUGUUCUGGCCGCCAUGGGAGGCGUCACUGCUGCUCCCACCAAAGGCGGACCCCCCCAAGGACCCGCUCCCACCGGCACAGUGUAUCCAUCGGGCUUCGACAUGACUACCAGCUGGGCGAACCUCAGCCCGUACAAGGACGCGCCGGGCCACGGGCAAUCCAGCGGGGUUCCGCGGGGCUGCGAGCUGUCGCAGGUGCACAUCCUGCACCGGCACGCGCAGCGGUUCCCCGUCUCCUCGAUCCUGGACGGCGGCGGCAUGCAGAACUUCGAGCAGAAGCUGCGGAACUACAGCGCGGCGCACCCCGAUACCACGGUCGCCAGGGGCCCGCUCUCGUUCCUCAAUGAGUGGGAGAGCGUGCUGGGCCGCGAGACGUUGCUUGUCAGCGGCGCCGCGACAGAGGCGACGUGCGGCGCCAAUACCUGGUCCAAGUACGGCCGGCUGCUGUACCGCGCGGACCCGGGGGUCGCGGUGUGGGAUCCGUCCAUGAAUGUCUAUCCCAAUGGCACGGAGAGGCCGAAGCCGAUCUUCCGCACCACGUCGCAGGAGCGCAUCCUGGAGAGUGCUCGCUGGUGGCUUAGUGGCUUCUUCAGCAACACCGGCGCCAACAGCUCCUCUGAACAGUACGAACUCGUCCAGAUGCCCGAGGGCAACGGAGUGAACAAUUCGCUCGCGUCGGAUCAUUCCUGCACCAACGGCAAAACAGAAGGAACGCGCUCCGCCACCGAGUACAUCCCCCGGUUCACCAAAGACGCGGUCUCGCGUCUCGCCCAGUUCCUCCCCGGCGACUUCAACCUGACCGCAUUCGACGUGGCCUCGAUGAUGCUGACCUGCCCGUACGAGUUCGCGGCGCUGGGCAGCUCCGACUUCUGCUCGCUCUUCACCGAACAGGAAUGGAAGGACUGGCAAUACAACGUCGACCUGCAGUUCUACGGCAACUACGGCUGGGGCGCGCCCAGCGGCCGCGCCCAGGGCAUCGGCUACAUCCUCGAGCUCGCCGCCCGCCUGGAGGGCAAGCUCAUCGAGACCAGCGACACCAGCAUCAACGCCACCUUCGACGACCACGAGGCCACCUUCCCGCUGCACCAGCCGCUGUUCCUGGACAUGUCGCACGACGACGUGAUCGUCGCCGCGCUCGCCGCGCUCGGCAUGGACUACUUCAACCACGGGCCCAAGGGCCUGCCCGCCGACGUGCCCCAUGCCCCCGAGCGCGCCUUCAAGCUCAACCAGAUCAGCCCGUUUGGCGCGCACUUCGUCUCCGAGAUCUGGACCUGCCCGGCGCGCACCGACUUCCACAACCUCGACGCCACCCUCUACAAGAACCCGGAUCUCUCGGCCCGCAGGGACACCGCGGAUUACAUCCGCUUCGUGCUCAACGGCGCCUCCGUCCCCACCAUGGGCAUGCCGGGCUGCCGCAAGGCGAAGAAUGGGUUCUGCCCCGUCAGCGACUUCCUGGCGUCGGUGCCCCAGCUCAAGGAGGAUGCCAUGUACCGGUAUGCUUGUUUCGGGGAGUAUCCCACGGGACACCAGGUUGGGAAUGGCCAGCCUGAGUAG